CCGCUGGUCUGGGAACGCUCGGCGCUCACCGUAGUUAUUGGUCCUCCUGCCGCUCCCGCGUCAAGACGUGUAGCUGCUGCUCAAGGGACAAACAUUGUAGUGUCGACCUGCAUCCAACCACUACUAACUUUCAUCUUGAUCGCGAGUUGACUUAACCAGCAACAUAGAGAAAGAAGAAAUGGCUAACACUGCUGCAAAGUAUUAACACCCAAGUAAACUACAGUACUGUACCUGCUAGUUGCAAGAAAACUGUAGUAAUCCCUCGGUUAUUGCUGGAACAUCAGUGUUUGCAUCUACUGAUCAUCCCUAUGCUCAACCAUGGCAUCGAAUCAAGAACUUGAAGAAGUUGCUGUCCAGAAGGAGGAGGUGUACCCUGGGUGGACGUUCAAUAUCUCAUCCAGGGAGUAUUACCCCAGUGAUAGUGGAUCGAAGGUUGAGAAUGAAACUAGUCUCAAGUUCUUUGUAAACAUUGAGAGUGGAAGAUACUUGAAGGGAUUACAACAAAAGGUUAAACCUUCAAAUCUACCCUGGUUGGAUGAUCUGGGCAAACAGAAUGGCAAAAAUGCUUGUUUGAUUAAGGGAACCAGAAGGUUGGAAAUUAGAGGCUCUAACACUUCACCACAUAAGACUAGGCAUACUGUUAUUUCAGUAAAUUUUUUUAUUCAAGCUCAUAUGUUAUUGAUUUUUUCACAGGAAUUAAAUGUACAAGACAAAAAAAGUAUAGAGAGCUCUUUGAUGGAUGCACUAUAUAACAGUUCUGAACUUGACAUUCCACAAAGUUUAUCAAGAAAUUUUGUUUCUGCAUUUGUGUAUAAUGACAAAUUUAAAGGUGUGCAGAUGAGUACUUUAAAAAUUUCCAUGAACAGAUUUGUUAACUUUGUGAAAAAGUCUAAGUUUUCUGAUACCCCUCAGACUGCUUGUGUGAUGAAACCAAAUCCAAUAGUUUUGCACAAGACGUUAGCAGGUAAUGGAUGCAUAACAGAUAAUUGUAUUUGUCCACAUGAAAAUAAUGUCAAGGAGGAACUUCAGCUCCGAAAUGUGAGAGAUGAGGCUGAAAAAAUCAAUUGUCAACAAAGAUCAUUAAAUGAAAUGAAUGUUAACGUGCAGGACUGUACAAGGUCUCCUGAACAGCAGCCCCAAAUGCAGGCUCAUUUAGAUCCACAACAGCCACCCAGUAACACACUUCAAGUAAGCAGUCAUCUCGCAGAUAAUGUGCAGGAGCUGAAGUCUCAUUCUACUGCUGAAAGUUAUUCUCAUUCAGGUCAUUCAUCACAUAUAGGUAUAAGUGGAAAGUCCUUCAAUGCACAUAAGCCAUCUGAAUCUGAGAUUAAUUCUUCACUCACUGAGGAUUGUGAAUUGGGUAUGAAAGGAGUCCUACAGUCAGAUACACAGAAUAUUACUGAAAGGUUACUUGAAAAGUGUGGAAGAGCUUUGGAUAAUAAACUUGUGGAAUAUUCUUUGCAACCAGAACAUCCAUUACCUGCCAAGUCAGAGAAACAUUGCAAUAAAGACCAUUUGUUUGGCAAAGAAACUACUACUUCAAAAACUAAUCCCUGUACACAAGUCACCAAUGUGAAUAAAUCUUCCAAGGUCAGCAGAGAAGAAACUCGAGAAAGACAAUACUGUAAUACAAAGUCUGUCACCUCGGAGACAAGUAACGGUCAGAAAGUACAUCAGGAAAUCAAGGACCGUCAUCAGGAAACAAGAGAAACUCACAAAAAUAAAGAAAACGAAAACUCUGGAUUUUUGUCAAAGAAACAAAAAGUGGAUAGUUCUCAACUAACACAGGGAAGAGAAAUUAACAUUACAUCAGCAAAGCAUGGGAAUGAACAUAAAAUUCCGAAGCAUAACACUAGAAAACAUGAUGAAAAGGUCAUGACGUUUCAUACCGUGCAACCAUCCAAUCUAUCCUCGGGUCCAUUUGGCAUGAAACGGAUAUAUUUUGGGGCUGACAGCAACAAUGCAAAAGAGAAAGUUAUAAUUCUCAUUGGAACUUCAGGGAGUGGGAAAACUACUUUGAUAAACUUCAUUGGCAAUUGCAUCAAAGGUGUCAAAACUGCAGAUGAGGAGUUGAUUUUUGUAAAAGUAAAUUCAAAUUGUGCUCCCGACCAUACAACAUCUACAAAUGUGUAUACUUUUUACUUCAUGGAAGAUGAUAUUCCAAUCACAAUUAUUGACACUCCAGGGUUAUGUGGCUCUUCUGAUGCAGAUGUGAGUAAUAAUAUUCAGGCUCUUAAAACCUUCAUAACGAAUGUUGCUUCAAAGGGUCUUGAUAUUCAUGCCAUUGGUUUUGUUGCACAAGCGUAUCAGGCAUGUCUGACUCCAACAGAACGUCUCAUCAUAGACUAUGUGUUUACACUGUUUGGGCAGGGUGUCGCUGACCACUUAAUACCAUUUAUAACAUUUGCAGACAACCAGGUGGUUCCUCCAGUUAUUGAGUCCAUGAAGAAUUAUGGAAUAAGAUCCAAGGCCGCCUUAAAUUUCAAUAACCCUGUGAUUGGCAGAAAUCCAAGUAGAGAAAUUAAUGAGAUGGAAAAUGCAUACUGGAGGAUUGGGAGCAAAAGCUGGAAAAAGUGUAUAAAAAUUAUGCUAGAGCUGCCACCACUCUCUAUUAAUACAUUUAAAACUGUACAGAGUGAAGUAUAUGCCACAACAGUAAUGGACUCUGCUGUCAGAGAUUUAAAAGCUGAACUGAAGAUCUUCAUCGAUUCAUGCAAAGAUUCUAAACAUAUGACUAAAGAGGCAUUUAAGAGUUGUGAGCAAGUGUGGGACUUAGCAGCAGUUGUUCACCAUCUAAAACGUUCUCAGGAGUCCAAUGUGUUAGAUGUGGAGAGAACUGUGAAAAUUUAUGCAGAGGAGGUAUGCAGGGAAAAUACCUUUCCAGUGAAUGACUGUGUCGAGCUGCUUUCUCUUGCACCUUCAAAGGGUCUUCUUGGUGCAGGGAUGGGGAUAAUCUGUACCAUUGGACCUCUUUACGAGCAAGCUAAGAAGUUUCCAAAAUUAAAGGAGACUGCCACAAAGAAAACUCCAGGAUUUCUAUACUGUAAGUGCUGUAAAGCAGUUCAUGAAAUAGAAAGGAAAAUUUUUGAGGGAAUAAUGAGCAUAAUACCUGGUUUAGGAAUGAGUAAAGACAUCAUAACUUACAAAUGCAAACACUGUAAAUGUGAUAGUAGUCGGCAUGUUACAGCAUUUGAAAAGAAUACACAAACAUCAGUUGACCUUCCCUUCAAAUAUAUGCUUACUAACACUGAGAAGGCUAUUAAUGAUAUUCUAAAAGAACAUGGUCGUUCAGGACAACAGAUAAGUAAAAAUCAGUAUUUGCAUCAUGUGAAUGUUGCAUUAAAUUGCAAUUAUCAGGUCUUGAUCGAUGAUCUCGUGAAUAAUAAAUAGAACUAGAUAUUGUACAAUACCUGUCCUUGGUAUUGAUAUAUCAAACUAAAUUAAAUCAUUUUCUAUAAAACUUGCACAUUAAAGUUAAUUUGAUAAAAGUAAUGGAUAGUUAAAUGGAUUUAGUCAUUUCCUUUAUGUUUUGGUUUAAAAUUUUAGGGAAAUUAUACAAUUGCGGUGCUGGAUUUCUUUAUAAUUCUCCCCAGUUGCAGAAAAAACAAGUACUGUAAACAGAUGAGUAAUGCAUUGCAAAGUGAUGCUAUAAUGAUAAAUUUCAAGAUAUCAUCUGUCAGUAUUGCUUAUCUUCUUCAUGACAUACAAACUUCUAAAGCUUCUAAACCUACGGCAGAGUAAUGUAUCAACAUUUGGUUUCUCAACAUGACAAAAGUGUUUCAGAAAUUUGAUAAUGAAAAUCCAAGUUAAUUUAUUUAUUCUUAAACAGCACCAUAUUUAAAUCAAGUACCGUGCACAAUUGUGUUUAAAGAUUGUUUGGUUCUCACUAUAUGUAACUCCUGAAACUGUACUGUAAUCAACAUCGAGUAAUGUACAGUAUUAAUAACUGAUAGGUUGUACAUUUCUUAUAAGUUAGAGAAAAAUAGCAGCCAAAUAUCCUUUGAUAGUACUGUACUUACUGUUGUAUCCUGGUUUUAAGAAUAUCAAAUUAAAGCAUUCAAUACAGUAUCAAAGUACAAUAGUAUUCCUUAAAGUCCCUCUCAAGAGAUCCCUAACUCAUUAAGGUAUUUUGUAUUUUCUAAUCUGUAAUGUUUACUUAAAGGCUUUUAUUGUUGAAGUGUAGUACUGUACCUGUAAUGCAACAUGACACCAGUAAUGGUUUACGAUUUAUGUAUUGUAUUGAUCUUUCCAAACUACAUAGACACAGUGAACAAGUUGUGUCCAAAGUUUUGUUCCCAUCAAUAGAGACAUACUGUAUAAUAAUUUUGAGGUGCCUCUAAUAUGCCUUUCUACUGUGUUGCUACUGGUGUUGUUACAUUGAUGUGAUUAUAGUGUACAGUAGUGCUGUACUAUAUAUUAAUGGUUAAUUUGUAUUAUCUUUACUCUUUGCCAUUUACCAGUUACUACCAAUUUCUUGCCCUUUCACAUACAUUUACCCCAUAUCUUUUUAUUCAUGUUACAGAAUACGAUUUCGCAUUGCUGCUAUAUUUUUGUUUUGUUCAGUUUUCUCCUGAAAAUAUGCCCUUGAAGACCUUGGUGGAUAAAACACUCAUACAUUAUUACAUCAGUUAUAAUGUUUAUGUUCUCUUUCUCCUUCUAGUGCUCUGUCAUAUUUUUUCUUGUGGUAAUAGGACAAUGGUCUAGAGUAUAUGGUCAGAACAGGCAUUGAUCUUCUAUUGUUGUACUUGAAGUUGAUUUUUCCUAAAUAUUUUAUGUAAGUGAAAUUUUAUGCAGUUCAAUUACAAAAGAUUGUAUGUAGUGUUUAUUAUUAUUAUAAUAAUAAUACAUGUAGUAUCCAGACACGUCCUGGUUAAUUAUCUCAUUUGAAAUUUACCUGUCCUGUGCCACCCAUCCUAUGUAUACUUAUAAGGAGACUAUUAAUAAUAUGAAUACAGUUCCCGGCAUGUGGCUUUCUGGUUCUUCAAAGUGAAUUUUGCUCAGUAAAGGUAUUGCUUCAACUUUUGUUUUGUUAGUACUGUACGUUCUCUACAAAUAAACAAUAUCUAUAAAUAAUACUGCAUCUAUAAACUGUUUAAGGAGUACCUGUACAGUCUCACCCAAAAGUUGGUUAACUCUCCCAGCCAGCUAUUGCUGCACUGCCUGCUUCAUAUGUAUCAACUUAAGUCUGUUACUUUGAACCUUUAGAUUCAUUAGUAUCGGUUUUAUGUUCUAGUUGGUACUGAGACAGUUUCAAACAUCUGAAGCAGGCAGUGCAGCAAUAGCUGACUGGGAGAGUUAACCAACUUUUGGGUGAGACUGUACCAACUAAAAAUGAAUCUUUGUACAUAAUUGUAUGGUUUAUUAAUUGCGCUUCAAACUGUAUUUACAAUUCCUUCAAGAUAAAUGGGAUACUUCUUACUAGACCUUCCAAACACUGAACUAUGGCGACUGUUGAAGGGAAGAGAUAACUCGCAAAAUAAAAAUUUGUGCUCGAGAAAACUUCCUCUUUCUCUGGGUUGAACCAGGAACUUUAUCCUCUAGUGAUUCUGGGUUAUCGCUGCACCUUCCCCUAUCUAGUUAACAGCAACUGAUACAGGACCACACACUCAGUGCAGGCUAAGAGGGUUUUCACGGUCAGGAACAACCAUAUUCCCUAAAGUAAAAAAAAAAAGGAAGAUUUCUAUUUGACAUGCAUAGUAAGAACCUUGGAUAUAAUAAAACAUUAUUUAAACUAGAGUACCGAGUGUUGAGAUAUGAAUUGUGGGGGGAAAAAAAGAGCUUUAACGUAACCCCCAACCCCCUUCUAUAUCAUAGUUCUCCAAGUCACCCAAUAGCUGAACAUGAUUUGUUCACUCGACUACUGUGAGGGAUUGAUGGUUAUAUUACUACUUCCAAACCAUGAAUUUUGUUUUCACAACUAUCAGUACUUCCUUCGUUAAUGUGAAGUAGAAAACAUCAUGAAGAGACUGACAACUGUAGACCAAGAGGAGGCAAUGUUUCCAGGUCUAAAGAAAGUUGUAUCUAAAUUGAGCACCUACUGUACAGUAUAAUGAGAUUUCAAAGAUAAAGCUGCCUUGAAAGAGAAUACCAAAAUAUUAAGGCCAUAUUGUUUGUUGGAUUAAAAUUGAAAUGUAUAAACAUCUCAAGAGGGCACUACUCGGUCGAAUGUACAGUCAACCAAAGAUGCACUGAUUUCAUCCUGGGUCUUGUACUCACGCAAUAUUACCUGGCAAUACUUGGUAAAGUAAGACUAAUGGUGAAUGUGAUUGCUGGAUCUAUUUUCGGCUGUAUCUUUCUCAGAAUAAAUUCUAAACAAACUAAA